AUGGGCAUCAAAGGAAUUUACAAGGAGAUUGGCCCUGGGGAUCGCGUAUCCCUCUGCAAGCUCGCCGUCGAGAAGCUUAAGCAGACCGGGCGUCCCCUGCGCGUCGCCAUUGACAUUUCGAUAUGGCAGUUUCAGACGCAGGCAGCCAAAGGCGGCUCCAACCCCGCGAUCCGCACUCUGUUCUACCGCCUCCUCAGACUCAUGGGGCUUGCCAUCCAGCCAAUAUUCGUCUUUGAUGGCCCUAGGAAGCCGGCAUUCAAGCGCAAUAAGCGUUCAGUCGGCCGCAGCGGCACUUCUAUUGCGUCCGCCAUGGCCAAGCAGGUGAUUCGCCUCUUUGGGUUCGCUAUCCACGAUGCGCCGGGUGAGGCCGAGGCUGAAUGCGCCCUUCUCCAGCAGCAGGGCGUCGUGGAUGCCGUUCUCAGUGAAGAUGUCGACACCAUCAUGUUUGGCUGCCGCCGCACUCUGCGGAACUGGACGUCCGAGGGCCCCAAGGGCUCCAAGACGCCUACCCAUGUUUCAGUCUACGAUGCGGAUGAGGUUGCGAGCGGCACCAGCGGGUUGAACCGGGAGGGAAUGGUUCUGGUUGCUCUGAUGAGUGGCGGCGAUUACCUCCCCGAAGGCGUUCCGGGCUGCGGAGUCAAGGUGGCCUGCGAAGCCGCGCGGGCCGGCUUUGGUCGAGACCUCUGCCAGAUUAAAAGGGCAGAUACAGCAGCCCUGGCGGCUUGGAAAAGCAAGCUACUACACGAGCUUUGCACAAACGAGAGCAAGUUCUUCCGAACAAAGCACAAAGCCUUGGAGAUUCCCGACGAAUUUCCGAAUAUGGAAAUAUUGGGAUAUUACACCCAUCCAGUCGUUUCGCGUCAAGACACAGUAGACAGGCUGAAGAGAGGCUCCCCUUCGACGAAAGAGGUGGAUGUCAUCGGCCUGCGAAAGUUUGUCGGCGAGACUUUUGACUGGAAUUACCGCAACGGCGCUGUUAAAUUAAUCCGUGUCUUGGCCCCUAGCCUUUUGGUUCAGAUAUUACUCGACAAGUAUAGGUUGCAAGAGCCGCGCGCGGAUGACCUCGAUCAACAAAAAAGAGACGAGGCGGCUAUUGUCAAAGCCGUUUCCAUCAGACGAACGCACUUUAGUACAGAUGCGACGCCUGAAUUGCGCAUAUCCUUCAUUCCAGCCGACAUCGUUGGACUCAAUCUCGAUGCCGAGCCUGAGGAAGAGGUAGAAGGCUACGGCCGAAGCGGUAUUGCUCUGAAUAGCGAUGAUGAGUUUGACGAUGAUGCCGUGGAAAGUCCGGAGAGCGCCGGCACCAAAAAGACGUUUGACUCAUUGCAGCUAGAUCUGGCUUGGAUUCCAGAGUCAAUUGUCAAAAUAGGGGUGCCCCUGACGGUAGAGGACUGGGAAGAGAAGCUGCACUCCAAGGAACGGCGGGCUUCUGCAAAGGCCGCUGCUAGGACUACGCGAACGCGUAGCACUCGGUCAAAGAAGACAGACAUGCCCACCGGGGCGCUGGACAAGUUCGUCAAAGUUACAAAGAGCACCAGCACCAUCACGGCUCCAUCGAAAGUCUCCACCACUGUUUCUUCGUCGGGAUCGUCUUUUUCCGCUAUCCCUCCCAGCAGCCAGGGCACAGGCAGGCAGCCACUCGCCCGCUCGGCGACGAUUGGCUCUUCUACUCGGCAAGCUUUGGGUAGCGGAGGACGUAGGCAACCCAGAAAACCCUCCAAGCCCCAGCCCAGCAAGCCGACGGCGGGAAUCAACCCUUGGACCCUCGCGGGCUCACAGGAAAGCCCCAGGGUUACCAAAUCCAUCACAUAUUCCACUGCACAUCCCAAGCCAAAUGCAGCACAACAUUCCAUCUACAUCUCGUCCAGUCCUGCGGCCCCUUCGCCACUUCCACGUCGCGACGAGGCUGUGACGUCGGCCGAGGUCGCGGGACAGAUGACCCCCAGAAAGAGGGAGCAAACUCAGAGCCCCCCUCCCGAUCCUCCUUUUCAGACAGACCCACCCAGCCCGUCUCCGAUCCCGCGAAAGCUCAGGUCGGUGGUGGCACGUAGCAGGACUACGGUAGUAGCUUCCGCAAAUUUGGUGGAUGAUACCCCAGCAUCGGACUCGGCUUCAUCGCAAACAACAAGAAAGCCGAGACCUUUCAAGCAACCCAAGAGCAGAGAAGACAGUGCAAGCACCGUCUUAACGCAAAAGUCUAUUACCGACUAUGGAAAGCUUUCAAAAGGAUCUGGCAGCGGGUCUACGAAUGCGAAGGCUUCUCCUACUGCAGGUUUCAUCAGCCGGAUAGAAAUCGAUCUGUUGUCAGGCGACGAGAGUGAUGGCAACUUCCCUCCACUCCAACAGCUACGCAAUGCACGGUUUCACCGGACUUUUCGCCCACCAACGGCAGAUGGCCGCGAUAAAAAUGACAUCAAAGAUGACAACGAAGACGAGCUUCCUCCACAAAACCGGCGAACGGUGCCGCCUUAUUCGACUGCGUUAGACCCUGGGAAAACCGGCUCUCAUUCUCUCUCUGUCGGCGAAAUAGAGAGCGGCGACGGCAAGGAAAAUAGGCAGAGCAGCGCAGAUAAUUUUGAGACUCGCCUUGCAAGCUUGGCUAAAGAGACAACGGCCGCUGCUACUACGUCCUCUGCCACAACGAAAUUAUACUUCCUUCGAUCUACAACGGAUGCCGACGCCGGCUACCUCGAAGAAGUCGAAGUCUCCCGCGAAGUAGCCGACGGCGUCAUGGCCGCCACCAGCACGCACAAUAAGAACAGCGACAGCAGUGGCGACAACGACGACAGCCAAUUCGGCAUCGAGCAAGAUCGAGAAAUAGACAAGAACGUGGAAAUGCUGGUGAAAAACCACUGCCUGCGAGACGGCAACAGCAGGGUCUGGCGAGGAAGCGACGUGGCCUUUGUCGACCUGACGGGCUAG